UUCGGGCUCCGUUCGCGUUAUCGUUCACUCGAUUGUGACCUCGUUUGUAAUUCAUUCGCCGGCCGAUGCGACUUUCUUCGGCCGUCACAUUGAAGCGUUGUAGUUUUAGUACUCAGUUCGCAGUACGCAUGCGCGAUUAAUGUCAAACGGUGAAACGCGCUCUCACGUAGCGUAUAACCUCUCUUUUUUAUUUAUUAAUUAUUAAAUAAAAAAUGGCUGCAUUUACGCCAUUAGAAAAAUUAGGCAUAGCGUUAUCUGUAUUAUUAUUGUUAUAUAUUGUGUUGAAGAUAUGGAAAGUGUUGUAUGUUUUUAUAAUCGGGCCAGCGGUAAAUCGAAUUGACUUCAAAUCGCAGGGGAAAUGGGCAAUGGUGACAGGCAGCACAGAUGGAAUCGGCAAAGAGUAUGCUAGACAGCUGGCGGCGCAUGGUUGUGAUGUAAUUCUAGUCAGUCGAUCGUUGGAUAAAUUGAAUGCAACAGCGGAGGAAAUAGAGAAAGACUUUAAAGUACAAACAAAGAUAGUACAAAUCGAUUUUAGUCAAGGAGUGGAAAUUUAUGAAACUUUAUCCAACCAGAUUAAAGACCUCGAAAUCGGAGUUCUUGUGAAUAAUGUUGGCGUGUCUUAUAUUUAUCCAGAAUAUUUCCUGGAAUUGCCUGAUUGGCAUAACAUUAUAUCGAAUCUGAUAAAUGUGAACAUCGUAUCUAUGGUCCGUGUGACAGCCCUAGUAUUACCUGACAUGGUGAAGAGAGGCAAGGGUAUUGUUAUAAACGUUGGUUCUGGCUCCUUUGAGUUGCCAGCUGCAUUACUAACAGUUUACGCUGCUUCUAAGGCGUUUGUUGCAAAGUUCUCAGAAGGUCUGUCAGCCGAAUAUAGUAACAAAGGUAUCAUAGUACAAUGCGUCAACCCUGGAUUCGUCGCGACCAAUAUGAGUAAAAUCCGCAGAACUUCUUUCUUCGCUCCCAAUGCAAAGAAUUACGUUAAAUCAGCUCUCAGUUUGGUCGGUACCACUAAAAUGACUAAUGGUUACUUCAGCCAUUCGCUCUUGACCUUUGGGAGUGAUUGUGUUAAAGCCAUAUCUGAAGAUCUAAUGACCUGGUUGAGUAAGAGGAGCCUGGAAAAUAGUCGCAGAAUUAUGAUCAGAAAGUACAAGAAACAAUAAUUUAUGCUUUAUACACUAUAUAAUUCUCUCUUUCUAUAUUUUUUCUAAUACACAAUCUUUCAUAGUCUACUGUUUGAUGAAUAAUCGAUUAUUAUAAAGUAAUUUCAAUAAAAGCAAACUUUUGUAUUGUAUUAUUCAUUGAACAAUAGACAAUAUCUUAAUCUUUGCUGUUAAUAAAUGCUACAAUAACUUUAAAACUUCUAUAAUGCAUGCCAUAAAUUUCAAUACCAAAGAUGUACAUAAGGUCUUGCAUUAAGAUCUCUGUAGACACUAUAGGUAUUAUUGUCUCAAAACUGAGAUGUGGCCUAAUUAUAAUAUAAAGAGGAAUAUGUCAGUAGAUUUUGAUUAUGAUAAUGUUGAGUAAUCCUGAUGUAAUGAUAUUUUCCAAAAUGCUGGAGAAAUCUAACAAUAAAAUAGCAUGCUACUUUAAGUACGAGGAAUGAUUGUGCUGAAUUUAAGAUUGCUUAUCUCUUUUAUAGACUUAUAGAAAUAAAGAUGAUUGAAUGGAAAUUAUGUCAUAAAAUUAUAAUUUUUAUCAUUACGUAUUACAAAGAUAGGAAAAUAAUCUUUUCUAUUAAAUUGAUAGAAAAGACUUUUUUCGGUUGAGGCAUUUUUUUUAAAUAUAUUUAUAUUUUGUUAUUUUAGGAUACUUGAAUAGUACCUAGUUGUUCAAAAACCAAAAAUAAAUAAUGUGUUGUAAUUAAUAGCAUUGUAUGCGAUUUCUUAGUCAAAAAAUGUUACCGUGUCCAAGGAUUUAGUUUUUUUAAGUAGAUUGCGGGGUUUGUAUAAUUUUAUUUGGUUCCUAAAUAAAGUUUUGGCAUUUAAAUAAA